CUAGGGAAUUCUAAGUAUUUUAAAACAAAUUUAGGGUUUUUAAAGCGACCAUGUUGCCAGCACUGUGUGUGUUAUAACCUCACUUUUAGGUUAUUUUGGUAAAAUGUCAACUUUUGCUAAAAUUGGGGGUAUUACGCGGUUAUUAGCCAACAGUUCCAUCAGUAAAGUUAACAAUACGUGUAAAUUAAGGAGUUUAUCCACAACACCAUGUCGUAGAGAAUUGAUGGAAUUUUUCGAUGAUGAGAAGAACUGGGGCGUCCAAGAAGUCAAAAGUGGUCGAUCGUGGAAAUCCGAUGAACUGCGCUUAAAAUCCAACACAGAUUUACACAAAUUAUGGUAUGUUUUGUUGAAAGAACGCAAUAUGCUUCUUACGAUGGAAGAAGAGUGUAAAAAGGAAACAAGGUUAUUCCCAAGCCCUGAGAGGUUAGAUAAGGUUGAAGAUAGCAUGAAAAACCUUGAGACUGUUGUCAGGGAAAGAAAUAAGGCAUAUCAUUUGCUUGAAACGGGCGAAAAGGGUGAAAGACCAAGAAAACUAGAAACAAAUGUUUUGGGUCUGCAUUACAAAUACAAAAUGAGUGAGCACCCAAUCCCAAAACACCUCAACACAAAAUGGAAAAAACAAUACGAAUUCUACAAAUACGACAAAGAGGUUGAGAUGUUUAGGGAAAAGUUAAACGAAAAGAAUUAUUUGGCGAAAAAAAAACAACACAGGAGGGAGUUCAAUCAUGUUAUCGGGCUUUUAAACAGGUUCCCCAACAUGGACAUGGAAGCCUUGAAACAACAAUACCCUGAAGUUGAUAUAGAAAAAGCCAAAAAUAGCAGGAAAUAUGGGGGACAUUUUGAACCAAAAUAAAGUUUUGUUAUAAUGAUUAGUUAUUUUUUAUUGUAAAUAAAUGCCUUAAACUUUA